AUGGUCCUAUCCAACGCCCUUGGCACGCUAUUCUUCGCUUCUUUUGCAACGGGAGCCGUGUUCCCUCGCCACGGUAGCGCUGCCCCUUAUUCCAACGUCACCUUCACAACGACGUUGUCUGUGACUGCUUCGGCAACACUGCUAGGAAAUCUUCCAGUUGCUUCUUAUGAGAAACCACUGCAGAGCCUCAACAGCUCUGGUGCCGGAGUCCCUGACGAGUAUGCCGUCACGCAACCGACCGUCACGUCAACUUCUGGACCACAGGAUCUGUCCAUUCUUUCGAACCCCACAGCGUUAGCAACAUCGAACGGCCCUCUUGAUAUAACACUGUCACAAUCUGGUGCUCCGUCAAUAGCACCCUUUCCCAUCGAUGACACUGCAACGCUCACUACUCUUGCUUCUAAUGCAGCAUGCACGAUCAACAUUCCCAAUGCCACUGUGGACUACUGGUUUCCCGCAACUUAUAGCUACGAGGUGGCAACGAUGACCACCGAGAUAUUGAACUUCACCAACACGAAGUCAUAUACUCUUGUACCCAAUCCGACCCCGUUUGAUGCGUCUUUUGCAUUAGAGCAUGAUUGGUCAUGUACCGUUACUGAGUCCUAUUAUCCCGAAUACGAUUACACCAUCACGAUGUGUGAGGCUUACACAGGGAAACCCACUGCUGCGACUACAUCUAUCGCUUAUCGGUCUUCUGGUAUCGUUCCUUUCCCCGCGGGCAAUGUUAUACCUGUUUCGGAUGCCACGCUAUACGAUGUGUAUAACCCGGAAACUUUUUCAUCGGCCACUGCCACUAUUACUCUUGCGCCAAACAUUACUCAGACCCAGACUUCUGCUACUCCCUUUGUCUACUUUACGGCCUACGAAGUUGAGUCUGGAAACAAGACUGAGACCGUACAGCUGCGUUCUGUCCAAGCUUACCCAUAUUGGUUGAAGGGUAUCCAAGAUGAAAGUACUGCAACAGGCCCACUGCCAGAUGGGUUCCUCGAACAAAUACCGCAGUCGGCAUGCGACGCUGGACAGCUACAAGCCGUGGUGACUGUUAUAAUCGUGGUCGACCUAUACUAUCGGAACCGGCCUCUUUUGAACCCACUCAUCAUCCACGUCGAGUCGUCUGUUCUAGGGUGGGACGACCACCCUGUUAUCGUAAACAACUGGGGUGACGAACUUCCACAAUCCCCCCCCGCUGCACUCACUGACUGGAAUCUCCCAAACACCAAGCCCACUUCCGCCAGCAUCAAACCAAACAAUCGGCCCGAACCGGUUUCUGCAACUCAAGUACGCGGUGGAAGUGGCGAUGGACACAAUAUCCUGAACCCUCCCGAGCCCACUCGCACUAUUGUCGGUUCGAUUGGAACAAACCCCGUUGUACUAGGGCCAUCUUCAGUAGUUGUAGUGGGCUCGCAGACCCUUCAAGCUGGAGGCCCCGCAAUCAAUAUAGGGGGUGGAACUUCUGUUUCGCUUGCUCCAUCUGCCACGGCUAUUAUUGUGGAUGGUAUGACCAGUAUGCUGCCCCAAGCUCCUCCGCCACGGCCGCCACCAGUCUUAAUGAUUGGCUCUUCUACAUUUACCGCAAACGCCGCUACCCAAUUCUUCGUAGAACCAGGUCAGACCUUGACGCCGGGUGGUGUAGCUACUAUUGGUGGCCAAGUCGUUAGCCUUGAUCAGUCUGCUUCCUUUGUAGUCGUUGCAGGUUCUACUCAAGCUCUGCCAGUGCCAGUUGCUACCAAUCCACCACAGAUUGUAGUGGGCGGCUCGACAAUCUCAGCACAGGCUAGGCCGACUGGGGGUAGCAAUCAGAACAAUCCCGGCGUGGGUCCUACCUUUGUAAUCUCUGGCCAGACACUUAUCCCGGGCGGUUCUGCAAUCACCGUCCCUGGGACUACGUUGUCACUUGCGCCCUCCGCAGGUGUAGUGGUUAUCAACGGAGUAACUUCUACAUUGAAAGGCGCGACCGUGCCAGUUGCGACGCCACCGACGGUCACUGUUGGCAAUAACGUCUUCUCGCCUCUUCCCAGCUCGGGAAACACAUUUGUCGUUGCCGGGCAGACUCUUGCCCCAGGAGGCUCGGCGAUUACAGUUUCAGGAACAACUUUGUCGCUUGGACCUUCAGCGUCCUUCCUUGUUGCCAACGGUGCCACGCUCACACUUGAUAGCUCUGUUACACAGGCCAAUGCCCCUCCCGCUAUUACACUCGGCAAUGAUGUCUUUAGUGCACUGUCAGAACCCUCUGGCCCUACGUUUGUAGUUGCUGGUCAGACACUGAUCCCAGGUGGCCCAGCGAUAACAGCCCUGGGCACUACGCUAUCACUCGCGCCGUCCGCAUCCUUUGUUGUGAUCAAUGGAGCCACUUCGGCCUUGGCAAACCCUUCUUCGUUAACAACUGCGCCUCUUCUGACUAUCGGAGACGCAACAUUUCGACCACUACCGGGCACCGGGACAGCUUACGUGAUCGGGUCAGCAUUACUCACCGCAGGUGGUUUUGUAGUGGUAUCAGGAACAACAAUCUCACUCGCCGCAGGAGCUACAGCUUUAGUCAUCGACGGUCAAACAAGUUUCAUAUCCGCUCUUGCUCAGCCUAUCGUUACGAAUGCUCCUUUGCUCACUAUCGGCACUGAGACAUUCACCGCCAUGUCUGGGGGUGGCACAGCUUUCAUCAUCAGAGGACAGACAUUGACGCCUGGUGGAACGAUUACUGUCUAUGGAGAUGGUGGGAGAACAACAAUAAGUUUGGCGCCUGGAGCCACUGAGUUAAUAUAUGGAAUCUCGGGUCGUAGCACUAGGACUGCAUUGUUCCCAGCUACCACGACGCGAAGUCAAAGUGUGACCAGUACUUCUGACGCGAGUGCUGGCUCGAGUAGAUUAAACGGACAGGCCAAAGCAACGAGUCAGAAGGGGGCGGCAGCCUUGCAGCCAAGAUGUCGGAGCUGGAUGCUGCUUGCACUGGUUUUCAUCCCAGGGUUGUUCCUUGUCUGAGCGAACGGUUUCCAAGUUGAUGGAUUUUAUUUAUACUAUAAUAAUAAUGAGCAAUGCAUGGUUAGCCAUAGAAGCAUGGCUGGCGCCUAACAGUUAUGAAGACCGAGUCG